CGUGUCCCAAAUCCUCGAAAAACGUCACCGUAUUCUGAUACACAUCUUAUCCUUAGAAAGCCUCAACAGUAAAUACAAAACAGCACGCUUAUCUUGAUCUUGCUCCAAUAGAGAUAGAGCGGCAUACACAGAGCUGCCAAUCCAUUUUAAUUCCGCUGAGCUAAUUAUAAGCCAUUAAAUGGAAAAAAUGUCAUCGGGCUUUGAAGAACCAAUGCUCUCUAGGCUCAGUCGCCUUGACAACAUCCUGAAGCAAUUGGAGGAAAUUAGGAGUGGGACCCACUCGCCAAAGAGUUCGUACGAGUCGACCACUUCAAGUGGGACUCUCACGAGCGAAGGCCAGCCGCCAUCUUUUGCUGACGUGUCACCUGAAGGCCUCGAGAAGCACUGCCGGCCGGUCGAGGAGGUGAUGUUAGAGGUCGAGCGAAAGGGCACGUUGAUCGAUCGGUUAAUCCUUGCUGAGGAUCGUAUUUUGAAGCUGUGUAUGCAGUUGGAAGAGGAGUUUGAGGGAGAGAGGGUAAAAGAGGAAAAUGGCAUGGCGGACAAGAUAAAGUCGACUCCUAAGAAGGGACUAAAGCAGUUGGUUAAAUCGUGUGUCACGAGGAAGAAGCACAAGAACACUGUCUGAUUAAUCAGUUUUUAUGUUUUCUGUUUUGUUGAAUAGCUGGUGGAUUUUCUAGGAUGCUAUUAAUGCCCGUUCAUCAUACUUCUGUUUUUUUAUUUGCGUCAUUAUGUUGAUUCUGUACUCGGACAUUUUGUAUAGUGGAAUUGAAUGUUGUUCUGCUGGAUUUUUCGAUAGCUACAACAGAAUAAUCAACUAAGCAGGACUUGAUUUCCAAUUAGUAUUUUCGGUGACU